ACACACACGUAUGCAUUCACACGAGUGGGGAAUCUCAAAGAGUUGAGACUUCACAGUUUACAAAAAGGGUCCAAGUGAUGGUCCUGACUACUUCCAGAGAGACGGUGUCUAGGGUUAUCCAUUUCAACCAAUUUGGCUGCUGGUUUUCUUUUUCGCUGAGGAAAAAAUGCAAGGAAUACGUCAAGCACUUUUAUCACAUGGAAGCAUUGUUAAAAAUGCUGUUCUGCAACGAAUGCGUGUUGUGAAUCCUCUGUUGCAGCCUUUGGUUUCACGUUCUCAUUCAGUGACAUCUGCCCGAAUGGAAGAGCAUGGUUUCGAAAGCACCACAAUAGCAGAUAUCUUGAAAGGAAAAGGUAAAAGUGCUGAUGGUUCCUGGCUCUGGUGCACUACGGAUGACAGCGUUUAUGAUGCUGUUAAGUCGAUGACCCAACAUAAUGUUGGAGCUUUGGUGGUCGUCAAAUCUGGAGAAGAGAAGUCAGUUGCAGGAAUUAUAACAGAAAGAGAUUAUCUCCGAAAGAUCAUAGUGCAGGGAAGAUCAUCCAAGUCAACCAAGGUUGGGGAUAUCAUGACUGAAGAGAACAAGCUUAUCACUGUCACCCCUGAUACCAAAGUCUUGCGGGCAAUGCAACUGAUGACAGAUAACCGAAUCAGGCACAUUCCGGUGAUUAAUGACACGGGAAUGUUAGGCAUGGUGUCCAUUGGAGAUGUGGUUCGAGCUGUGGUGAGUGAGCACCGUGAGGAGCUAGACCGCUUGAAUGCAUAUAUUCAAGGAGGUUACUAGAUGAUGAUGAAAAAGACGAUAAGUUGCUGUUCAGUUGACUCGGUUGGAUGAUGAAUACCCAAUAAGCCCGAGCAAUCUGUAAAUAUUGUUUGUUGUUUGCUGUUUUGCAAGUCUUUUUGUCUUCAGUUGUGAAUUUUCCAAUGUCCAUAAGUCUAUGUUGACAUGAGACACAAACAUGAGGACCAACUAUAUCAUAAAAGCUUUCUACUGUUGCUAUGUUUAUUUUUACCCUGUUGCAUGGUUCAUUUGUGCACAAAAGACAUAUGAGAUCACUUUGUGAUAAGCGCUAGCAUGAAUGAAAACUAUGGCUUUACUUUUUUGUUUUC